AAAUCACAGGCUGCCGACGGGUCACAUGAUGUUCCGGAUCCCCGAGAGGUCGCUGGUGGCCACUCCCACACGCCGGUGGUUGCGGUGGUGACGCGAGGGUCGUGCGGCCCGGGGUUGUAACGAGUGACGCAACGUCAGCGCGAGAGUUGCACAGAGCCGGCAACAUGGCCGCGCCCGGUCCCCCGGCUGCCCAGCACAACGGCCCUUCUCAACCGCAGCCACCUCAUGGAUAUAGAAUGUAUCCAUCAGCUAACAGUGCUUCUCCAGCAUUCAGCUCCCAAGUGCCAAGUAAAGUUACUCCUCCAAGUAUGAACAGCCAAUAUGGGCCAGGUUACUACUCUAACAACUAUGCAGCUCCACCCCAGAAUGUCAUGGCUCCGCCUUUGCAGAUCAAUCAUUUAAAUACAAGUCAAGGUUUCCAUGAGUUCUGCCAUGGACGUUCUCAAGGUUAUCACAUCCCAGCAUCACUGGGGCUAGGUCAAGGUGUAGCUCCAGGAGAACCAUAUCUUGGUGACUAUAAUUAUACAUACACUCCCACCUCAUCAUGUCUUCCUCAGGGAUUAACCAAUCAUUCCACUCACUAUUCUGUACCUGUAGCAUCCAGUCAUUUGUAUCAAGGCGCUCCAUACUACUCCAUGCCUGCCAGCAGUCAAUAUGCCCCGGUCCUUCAGUUUGGCACUCAGGUGACCAAUAGUGCACAGAGACUUCAGACAGCUCCUGGUCCUACAUCAUUUUCUCAUGAUAUGAAUAUGCAUAGUUCACCCCCUGUUCCUGCUAUAGAAAAUAAAGGAUCCCAGGGGGGUCAUCUGCAGAACCAUGGGCUGCCUGCGGCUUCUACUAAUCAACACUCUAGCACAGUGUCUCCUGCACUGCAUGUACUGGAGCAAAAAUCACAAAUGUUACAACCUAAUCUUGUUGUAUCAGCACCAUGCUCCAUUGAAGCACAUUCAGUCAAUAGUAACCAGUCACCAGGCCCUGCGUCAGUGAUGUCUCCUGCAUCUUCACCUCAGCGAGCAAUACAACAAGGCAUGCAGUAUGCUGGAUAUGUCAAUAAUCAAGCUAACUUUGCACCAACUCCCUUGUCAUCCAGCUCAGAUGAUGAGGAAGAGGAGGAGGAUGAUGAGGAAGCAGGUAUUGAUGAGAGCUCCUCCACCACCAGCAGUGCAUCAUCUGAGCCUAAGAAUUAUGAUGUUCUAGAAGGAGGUGGUUACCCAGAGACACCUACAGCAACAAGUAGCCAGACUCCUAUUAAUGCUGUUUCACACACAUCAAAGCCAUCAAAACCGUUCGGACGUGCAUACCCCGCUCUUCAGCCAGGAUAUCAAAAUGCCGCAACUCCACAUGGCUCCUAUCCAAAUACCCCUGUGCACCAGCCAGAUUACUCGCAGUAUGCUCCUCACUACAGUGGAAUGAAUCAAUUACCUGCUUCUCUAGCAGGAUUAAGUCUACAACAAGCUCAGCAGCCAGAAGGCCUGCGACCUAUUAACCUCCUUCAAGAUCGCAACAUUCUUCCUGUAUCCUCCUUGUCAGCUCCAGCUCCAAAUUUAAAUGCAGACCUUAAAAGACUAAACUGCAACCCAGAUUUCUUUAGAUGCACACUUGUGAAUAUUCCACAGACUCAAGCUCUUUUGAAUAAAGCAAAACUCCCUUUAGGAUUACUACUUCAUCCUUUUAAAAGCAAACCGCGCAUUCCCACUAUUUCACCAAGCACCAUUGUAAGAUGCAGGACUUGCAGAACAUAUAUCAAUCCCUUUGUAUCUUUUAUUGACCAAAGAAGAUGGAAGUGUAAUCUUUGUUACAGAGUAAAUGAUGUACCAGAAGAAUUUAUGUACAACCCAUUGACCCGAUCCUAUGGGGAACCACAUAAACGACCGGAGGUUCUGAAUUCUUCAGUGGAGUUCAUUGCCUCAUCUGACUACAUGUUGCGUCCUCCUCCCCCAGCAGUUUACCUGUUUGUUCUGGAUGUGUCAUACAAUGCUGUCGAAUCAGGGUAUCUACAAUGUCUGUCUCAGUCGUUGUUGGAUAAUAUAGACAAGUUGCGUGGUGAUACCAGAACAAAGAUCGGCUUCAUAACAUUUGAUAGCACUGUGCAUUUCUACAAUCUACAGGAAGGUCUUUCUCAGCCCCAAAUGCUGAUUGUUUCUGAUGUAGAUGAGAUUUUCUUACCUAUGCCUGAUGGCUUACUUGUCAAUCUACAUGAAAGCUUAGAGCUAGUCAAAGAUCUGUUAACUGCUUUGCCCAGCAUGUUUACCAAUACAAGAGAAACCCAUAGUGCUCUGGGCCCUGCUCUUCAGGGAGCUUUUAAACUGAUGUCUCCCACUGGCGGACGAAUAACAGUGUUUCAGACUCAGCUGCCAUCUUUGGGGUCUGGACUGUUACAUUCUAGAGAAGACCCAAACCAAAGAUCCAGCACAAAGGGAGUACAGCAUCUAGGUCCUGCCACUGAUUUCUAUAAGAAGUUGGCCUUGGAUUGCUCAGGACAGCAAACUGCCGUUGAUUUGUUUCUACUAAGUUCUCAGUAUUCUGAUCUGGCAUCACUAGCAUGUGUCUCCAAAUACUCUGCUGGAUGCAUAUAUUACUAUCCAUCAUUCAAUUUUAAGCACAGUCCAGCUCAAGCUGAUAAAUUAAAGCAAGACCUUGAUCAUUACCUUACUAGGAGGAUUGGAUUUGAAGCAGUGAUGAGAAUACGUUGCACAAAAGGCCUCGCAAUACAUACUUUUCAUGGGAAUUUUUUUGUGCGAUCUACGGACCUGUUAUCCCUUGCUAACAUUAAUGAAGAUGCUGGGUUUGCAGUGCAAAUGUCUAUUGAAGACAGUCUGACAGAUACAUCCUUGGCGUGCUUUCAGGUUGCUCUCCUUUACACAUCCAGCAAAGGUCAGCGGAGGAUCCGAGUGCAUACAUUAUGCUUGCCUGUGGUAAAUUCGCUGCCUGAUGUGUUCGCAGGAGCAGAUGUACAAGCUGUCACUUGCCUUUUGGCAAACAUGGCUGUAGACCGAUCGAUUACAUCUAGUCUCUCUGAUGCAAGAGAUGCCUUGGUGAAUGCAGUGGUAGAUUCCUUGGCAACCUACAAUUCAACACUUUCAAAUCUACAACAGUCUACUCUAAUCGCACCCAGUUCUCUUAAGCUACUUCCUCUGUACAUCUUGGCUCUCCUAAAGCAGAAAGCCUUCAGGACUGGCACCAGUACACGUCUGGAUGAUCGAGUCUUUGCAAUGUGCCAGAUGAAAUAUCAGCCACUGGUCCAUCUGAUGAAAAUGAUUCACCCAAGCCUCUACAGAAUAGACAGGCUUACUGAUGAGGGUGCUAUUCUUGUCAACGACCUAGUUGUCCCACAGCCCCCACUUCAGCACUUGUCUGCAGAGAAACUUGAGAGAGACGGCGCUUUUCUCAUGGAUGCCGGUUCAUCAUUUUUCCUCUGGGUUGGGAGAAAUUGUGAUACUGUCUUUUUGAAGGAUGUUCUCGGUUUCCCUAACUAUGCAUCAGUGCCACAAAAAAUGACUCAGCUUCCUGAGUUAGACACUGUGGCUUCAGAAAGGACAAGACAUUUAAUUUCAUGGCUUAAACAGGAUAGUCCUUUAAACCCGGUUUUAUAUGUGUUGAAGGAUGAUAGUGUUGGAAAGGCUGAGUUUUUCCAGCAUUUAAUUGAAGACCGAUCAGAAUCUGCUUUCUCCUAUUAUGAAUUUUUACUUCACAUUCAACAGCACAUAUGCAAGUGAUGUGGUUGUGCCCUCUUUUGUGUGGUCCUUUAAGAAGUAACGAGACAUGAUGGACACCAAAGGACUUAAUGAAUUUUCAACCUUUUCAUAAGGAGAAACCUUUUGCAGACUAUAUUUUAAGCAGAUGUGUGUGUGUGUGUGUGUGUGUGUGUGUGUGUGUGUGUGUGUGUGUGUGUGUGUGCAGUUGUGUGGCAUUUUGGUGCUGUGCUUAUUGUAUGUGAUGGAAGAUUUUUCAGUUUACUUGAUGAUGGCAACUAUUUUUUUCCUAAAACUAUAUUUCUUCCGGAUAUGAAGAGACGCCAAAGACCAAUGUUUCACUUACAUUUAUAUUUUCUAUAUUUUAAGAGACGACUUUGUGGAAUUUGGCACUCUUGACCUGGAAGAUUACACUUGGCAUAUAUCUACAGAAAUAAAAUAUUUAUUGUACAUAGAACUGCAUUUGUAUAUUAAGUGUAAAAAUGUAACUAAAAAAUAUGACUUGCUGAAGUGUGAAGCGUUGAUGAAUGUAGUGCUACUGUAUGUAUGGAUGAUGUCCGAUUACAACAAACAUGCAACAUUUAUCCCAGAAAUACAGAUCUGCAGACUUAUUUAUGACAGACCUACUAAUUAAACUUUUUUUUUUUUUUUUUUUGCUUGAUCAUGUGUUUUUAUACUUCUGCUAUUGCUUCUUAUUUUAGAGACCAAAACUUAAGGUUCUAGACUCUGUAUAUUGUAAAUGUUAUUUAACAUUUUUAUUUCU